AUGAUGCCGUCUCCGAGUGCCGCCUAUGGUGGGAAAGGCCCCUUGAUUCUAGGGGUGACCUGGGCAGAGAUGAGUCUGGCGUUUAUUUUGAUUAUCUUACGAGCCAAAACUGCUUCAGUCUGCCCGCAAGGCCAGCUUUCUUCCGGUAUAUUCGGGUUACGAUGGGACUUCGUGUGGGUGAUUUUGGCUUUCACUCUCGCUUUGGCAGCACAAUGCACGAUGACAGUGAGCACCCAUUAUGGGCUCGGUAAUCAUCAGAAUCUUCUCUCAUAUGAUAACAUUGUCAAAACAAAUCUGUGGAGCUGGAUCGCUCAAGUAAUCGCCAUUAUUGAUUUGGUCAUUGCCAGGAUCGCCGUCAUCGCAUUCCUCAUAUCAAUCCAAAACAGAACCAUGAGCAAGAGCAGAUAUAUCCUCUACGGCGUGGGGGGAAUCCAGGCACUUAUCAAUUUUAUUGAGAUAAUCUUAAUCUUCAAACAAUGCACCCCGACCGAGAAACUAUGGGAUAUCGACCUUCCCGGGAGAUGUGAUAUGAUCGAUAUCUGCUCCAAAGUUGGAUUCGUUCAGGGUAGCAUUGGAGCAGCCUCCGACUUCUUCUUGGCUGCCUAUCCCGUGUACAUCAUUGGCAGACUGCAGUUAAUGAAGUUGUCUACCAAGAUUGGAUUGUGUCUCCUUAUGGGAGGCGGUUUGAUAGCUGGUAUAGCAGGGAUCAACAAAACCAUUGCCAUUGCCUCGAUAACCAAUGUCGAAGACCUCACCUAUGCAAUCUACCAACUCAACACUUGGGUUCUUACCGAAAUGUGGUUCAUCCUUAUCUUCGGAUCAAUCCCCGUCCUACGACCGUUUUUCGUUCGCUUCACACAAGAUAUCAAGAGCGCAACUGGCUACUCUUCCAAGAAUCGCAGCAACACUGGGGGCUAUAGUGACGGAAGUCGAAACAAGCGAGAGUCCUGGGUGCAAUUGAGUGAACAGCCUUCGGGAACCUGGGCCGCACAAAACUCUGCUCAUACGGAUGCAAUUCACGAUGCCGAACAUGCUCUACGUGGAGAAACGCCUACAAAUACAGGACAUCAUAUUUUGGUCACUAAAGACACGAGCGUAAUUUCAGAGCGCUGCUAA